CCUGUGUUCACAGAGGUGGUCGGCGUGGGCUGCGUCCUGGACGGGGUGCGCUACGGCAACGGCGAGUCCUUCCAGCCCAGCUGCAAGUUCAACUGCACGUGCGUGGACGGCGCGGUGGGCUGCACGCCCCUGUGCCUGCGGGUGCGCCCCCCACGCCUCUGGUGCCGCCACCCGCGGCGGGUCCGCCUGCCCGGCCGCUGCUGUGAGCAGUGGGUGUGUGACGACGGAGCCCGGAGGCUGCGCAAGACGGCACCGCGCCACACGGGGGACCUAGCGGUCAUGGGCGAGGCCGAGCCCUGGCACGGGAACUGCAUAGCCCACACCAGCCCCUGGAGCCCCUGCUCCACCAGCUGCGGCCUGGGCAUCUCCACACGGGUCUCCAACGCCAAUGCCCGCUGCUGGCCGGAGCAGGAGAGCCGCCUCUGCGCCCUGCGGCCCUGUGACGUGGACAUCCGCCCGCUCAUCAAGGAAGGGAAGAAGUGUCUGGCUGUGUACCAGCCGGAGGCGCCCGUGAACCUCACCCUGGCCGGCUGCGUCAGCACACGCGCCUACAGGCCCAAGUACUGCGGGGUCUGCACGGACAGCAGGUGCUGCAUCCCCUACAAGUCCAAGACCAUCGACGUCUCCUUCCAGUGCCCCGACGGCCCGGCUUCUCCCGCCGGGUCCUGUGGAUCAACGCCUGCUUCUGCAACCUCAGCUGCAGAAACCCCAACGACAUCUUUGCUGACCUGGACCUCUACCCCGACUUCUCAGAAAUCGCCAAUUAGGCUGCUGCUCCGGCCCCGGCUGUGGGUCCCGUCCUUGGCAGCGUCCUGCGUGCCCUCCACAGAAAGUGCCUUCUCCAUCUGGUCUGGGCCUGUGUGA